AGUGUAAUUGCUUCUUGCUGGGGGAAGCAACUAAAUGAGUGAUGCAGAGGCUUGUUUCAUUUCUAACAGCAACUUAGAGAAUGAAGUCCAAUGAAGAGUGACCAAAGUGUUUCUUAAUACAGGUUAUCUGUGGGUUGUAUGGAAGGCUAUGCAAACCCAAAGCCAUAGUGGAAAUGUAUCAGAAACUGUAGAAUGUGAACUCUAAGAAGGUUUUGGUCUAAAUUUUGGUUUCCUUUUUGUCUAUAAACAAAUAAGAAGAAAAUGAGAGUCCUGUAGCUGGCAAUGUGUUUGGUUAUCAGUGUGAGGGAAAGAGUAACGGAAAGUUUGGCCAAAAUCUAGGAAAAUACUAACCGAGUUGUAAAUCUAGGUGAGAUGGACCCAUGCAUAUUGAAUUGUCCACGCUCUGUAUGACAUUUGUCAUCACUUUUUUUUUUUUUUGUUUUACACAUGAUAGCAUGUCCAUUAGAAGUGUCCUGGUAAUCCUUCUGUAAAUACUCCUAGUUGUCUCCUUAUACAUGCAGAUUUUAGACCUUGGGUUUGAAGUCUGUAUAAUAUCAAGCAAUAGUUUUUAAGUGCACUCAGUCACUAAUGAAAAGAACUCUGUGAAGGAUAUGGAGUAAACAUCUUCAUGCUCACAUUGCAGAUAACAGACCAGGGUUAAGAAAAGUAAAUAUGCCGUUUAAAGAAAGCAACUUUUUGAUGUUGCUCAAAAACUGAAAUAACGUGCAUAAAUCCUAAUGCGCUGAACUUCACUACUCAGAAGCCCUGUCUGUUCACACGUGCUCUAGGAUUUUCCUGUACAUGGUGAUGAAGUGUUUUCUGGGGAUUUCUAGAAAAAGUGAUUCUUAUGACUUGUUCUGGAAAACAAUAUUUAAAAACAAUUGAAAAGAAUGUGAAAAUGGAGAGUUGGGGCGCAUAUUAAGAGUAGCAUGUGGCAGUAGAUGUGAAAACAGAAGCAGGAAAUCAAUGGCUUCUGCACACUCACACCAAAAGAGUCGCAGUGGCGGGGCCUGCUGGUCUCCUGCUCUGUAUAUCUGUAUACAUGUCCAUCUGUACUUUCAGAUUUUGAAAUUAUUUAAAAUGUGGGCAUCCAUACCUUCAGUCCCACCUACCUGGCCCCACACCACACAUAGCUGUACAUGGAAACAGACCUGAGGGAGGUUAGGUGUUUCCUGUUUGUAGUUAUUUUGCUGUAGACAGCACCUGAAAGUUUGGUUCUCUGUUUGCUUGCUUAUUGUUUGUUUUAAGAAGUGAGGGCUGAUUUUUCCCCAAGGCUGUGGCUCUCGAGUUAUUUUGAUUUGUUUGUAUGAUCUUUUAGACCUUUCACUUGACUAUGCUUCUCAGCCAGCAAAUCUUCAGUUCCCUCACAUAAUGCCACUUCCCGAAGACAUCAAAGGCUCUUGCUUCCAAGGUGGGAAUAAACGGAACCAUGAACCCUUUAUUGCUCCAGAAAGAUUUGGAAACAGUAGUGUGGGCUUUGCCAGUAACUCCCAUUCCCAAGCGCCAGAGAAAGUGACGCUUCUUGUGGAUGGCACACGUUUUGUUGUGAAUCCACAGAUUUUCACUGCUCAUCCGGAUACCAUGUUGGGAAGGAUGUUUGGACCAGGAAGAGAGUACAACUUCACGCGGCCCAACGAGAAGGGAGAGUAUGAGAUUGCCGAAGGAAUCAGUGCCACUGUAUUUCGCACAGUGCUGGAUUAUUACAAAACUGGUAUCAUCAAUUGUCCCGAUGGCAUCUCUAUCCCAGACCUUAGAGACACAUGUGAUUAUCUCUGCAUUAACUUUGACUUCAACACCAUCCGAUGCCAAGAUCUGAGUGCUCUGCUGCACGAACUGUCCAACGACGGGGCUCACAAGCAGUUUGAUCACUACCUCGAAGAACUCAUCCUGCCCAUCAUGGUCGGCUGUGCCAAGAAAGGGGAGCGGGAGUGCCACAUCGUUGUGCUGACGGAUGAGGAUUCUGUGGACUGGGACGAAGACCACCCUCCACCCAUGGGGGAGGAGUAUUCCCAAAUUCUUUAUAGCUCUAAGCUCUACAGAUUCUUCAAGUAUAUUGAAAAUCGGGAUGUUGCAAAAACAGUAUUAAAGGAACGGGGCCUGAAAAACAUUCGCAUUGGAAUUGAAGGUUACCCUACCUGUAAAGAGAAAAUUAAGAGGCGGCCUGGGGGUAGAUCUGAAGUCAUCUAUAACUACGUGCAGCGCCCCUUUAUCCAGAUGUCAUGGGAAAAAGAAGAAGGGAAAAGUCGCCACGUGGAUUUCCAGUGUGUUCGAAGCAAAUCCCUCACGAAUCUGGUAGCUGCUGGGGAGGAUGUCCUGGAGGACCAGGAGAUCCUCAUGCACCACCCACCGCAGGUCGACGAGCUGGACCGGCUGAAUGCCCCACUCGCUCAGAUGGCUUCUAACGAGUUUCAGGACUGAGGCCUGUGGCAGGGUCCCCCCCUCCCGUCACGGCUGCCCACAGCCAGGACGCCACGUCCUCCCCGUGGUUUGUCUCACCCUGAGCAGGAGACGUGCUUCUCCUGUCCUUUCCCCUAUCCCAGGACUAGGGAGACAAAGAUCGGCUUGGCAGCAAAAGUGGGUGCUGCUGAAACUUCACACAAUCCCAGAAGCAACAGGAGGCCAGGCCUCCCAGCAGUCCUCGUCCUUCAGACUGUCCUGAAUUUUUAUACAAGGCAAACUAAGUAGUAGCAAAGGGACCAAACUUAGAAGACAAUCUCUUAUCUUCUAAAAGCAGGCUGACGGGAUGCUCGUCAGAGGUUCACAAAGAUGCCAUUCCCGAUGGCCUCUCCUGCCUCUGGGGAGAACUUGGCUCUUAACUCAGAACAUCCAAAAGGAAAUUCUUUAGAGUGUAAAUUCUCAAUAGUGCAACAAACAGUCCCAAACCACCCGGGGUUCUUUGGCUGGAAGAAUAGCGAUGGAACCACGUUUAGGAAACCUUUUUAACCUCAAGGACUUUGAGACUAGGAAAACAGAUGAUUUGUUUUUGGACUAAAAUUCAGCUGUAGUAAGAGAGCCUCCUGUAGCAGGGCAGCUGAUUAUCCUGGCUGGGAAGCUGGUGUGAAGCCACAGAUCUUGACACCCCAGGGCAGCUCAUGGCCUUGGGCUUGGCUGGGAGACAGGCAGGAGCUCAGAGCUUUCCAGAUGAGGGCCAACACCAUUCCCAAGUGCUCAGCUUCCCACAUUUAGAUGAUGCCAGGGAGGGGGAACCAUCUGUACAGGGUUGUACAUGGGACUUAUUGUGUACAUUUUUCUCAUACCAUGGCAUUUUUUUUCUAGUUGCAUUAUAUUUGUCUUUUAAAUAGCCAACUAGCUACUCACCCAGUAAGAAAAUAUUACUAAUGUCAUUCCCUAAGGGAGGGUGAAUUGAGAGGAAAUGGAUCAGCUCUAUUAACAGUGCAUGUGGCUGUCCCCCCACAUCUCUCCUCAGCCCAGGGGAGCUGCAGAGCCCUCCUUGAUGUCUCCGUGGUUAUUAAUAGCAGAGCUUAAUUGCAGUACAGAGCUGGAGAGAUGAUUUGGGGGAUUAUAUCCCACUUUGUGAUAGAAGUCGACGUUCUGGUCAUCCACCCUCAGCAUUUACCAUCAGAUUGUGAAGAGGCACAGUUGGUUACCUUGCAUUCUUUAAGAAAGAAUAUGACUGGAUUUUGUAAAUUUCAUUCUGACAUCAUGUAGGAUGAGCCAUUUCAUUUUGUUUACGAGUGUCGUAGUCCCAGUCCUCAAAAACAAGCAGUUCCUGAAAGCUCCUGCUUCCGGGCCGGGCCAGGAGCGCUCCUGGGAAGUGUUCGCUGUGCCCCACACCUCCCACAGCAUGCUGACGAUCACUGGCCUACAUCUGCCGGGUGCCGGCCGGCACUUAGGCUGGGGUUGUUUGUAGCCAGAAGGUAGUUUUCUUUCUGUAAAACCAGUUGGUUCAUGUUGGAGGUCAGGUUGGGUUUUGCCUUUACCAGCACCACACUCGCCCUCAGGAGCGUCUGACCAGCCCAGCAAUUGUUCAAUGGUGCUUCCUUUAAGCGUGAUUUUCAUUGACAUUACAAAGAAAGUUGAAUUAUCUAAUGUUUAUGUAGUCUGCAGUAUGUAUAACUUAUUAGUUUAUGUUAAGCAUUUAAGUGUAAACACACACACUUUGAUUAGUGCUUAAGUAGGUUUAAAAAAAAAACAGGCUAGAUAUCAAAAUAUGGCAUGUACUUGAUCCUUUGUUCUGUGUAACCAAUUAAUUUCCUCAAGCUUUCAACAACUUGACUUCCCAAAAUGGGUUAAAAGGCUUUGGCCCAAACCCAUAAUAUUUAAUUAAGUGGAAGUCUGAAGAGGAGUCUACUGGUGUCAUCAGUGGUGGCACCUCAGGACCAGCUGGGACCGCAGGCCCCUUACUACUGUGCCCCACCUGCGGCCCAGCAUCACUGUUGCUGGAUGGCUCCCCCAGCCUUGCCUUCUUUGUUCCCCGGGUCAGGGCAUUCCAUGAAGGAAAGACCUCUUGUCCUCACAGGAUCAGACAGGGGUGGUUGCAGUCAUCCAAUUAAGAGCCCAUUACUAUGGGCAAGAGGCAUUUCUAAUAAAAGAGGUGGGAUUGGGUUGGUGUUUCUAAGUGCCUAAAUAAGAAAACUGGGUUGUUUCUACAGAAAACAUUUUCGUAAGAAAAUGGUUUUGCCCAGACUGUCUUCCUUAGAACAGCUCAGCAGGCCAAGAUGAAACUUGGAGAUUUAGAAUCUUGAGUUUGUGUCUGCAUCAUAUCAUGUAGAGCUGAUUAGGAAACAGUUGUUGGGAACUGGAAAGCCCAGUGUUAGAUGUGUCAGGUUAGAGUAUUUCUUGAUGUUUCCACAGUAGAGGGAGACAGGAAUGGCAAAAUAUGUCAGGAAGAUAGAAAGGAGCUAGAUUAUGAUACAAUAUGCAAUAGCAACAUUCUUUUAAGCUAAAUUCCAAGAGUACAGUGUGAUUGAUACAGGUCUGUGAAAACACUGCAGAGGAAGCUUGCGCAGGACAAAUGUACUUGGAAAUAGUGUUCCAAGGGGCCUGAGGUAAAAUUUCCAGAGCAAGACUUCAACUCAGACUCUGCAUUACAAUGUGAUCAAGCCUUUUUUGAGUGUCAAUAGAAUGUUAAAAAUCAAGGGACUUUAGUAAUUUGUUAAAUGCCACUUCUUGCCAUCAUUUUGAAACUUCAGAUGGGCACAGGAGUUCAGAAAGCAAACUAGAGGCCUUCAUGGAGUGGGAGCAGCACAGAGCUCCGUGUGGGUCAGCUCUGCCGGGGAAGGAUCAGCACAUUUUCUCCUAAAGGCAAAAUGUGUAGGUUUUGCCUCUUUACUUUGUAUUUACUACAGAAGUUGCACUUGUUCACCUACCAGUGUUUACGAAAUCCUGUAUUGGAGAUUUUUUUCUAUAAUAAAGUACUAUCAUUUGUG